AGAGUAGCCUUGUUGAGGCCCGUAAGCCGAUUCGAGCGCAAUAAACAUAACUUGAGCUGAGGCUUAUUUACUAGGCGGCUCGUAACUGGAGUAACAAAUAAGAAGCCAAAGUUUCAACACCACCUCUGUUUCCACGUAUCCAUCGUUCUAGAUCAAAAUGGUGGAUUCUGCAAACAGCACUAAUGACUUGUCAUCGGAGAUGGAGGUAGAUGCUUUCAGAAGACUUUUUCCGUUACGGUUUCACGAGCGUCACUUGCUGGAGUCCGUACGACCGGAUGCAAGGCCACUUGGUAAAGCUAGAGACACUUCAUUGGCUCUAGGGGCUGUGGGUUCUGCAGAUGGAUCAGCAUUGGCAAAGAUUGGCUGCACUACUAUGUUAGCCGCCAUUAAAAUGGAAGUCAUGACGCCUGCAAACGAAACACCAGAUGAAGGCUGCAUAGCCAUAGAAUUCCACAUGCCCGCGAUCUGUUCACCAAUUGUUAGGCCUGGCAGGCCUGCUGAGGCUGCACCUGUAGUGUCAAAGCAGUUAUCCGACACUAUUUUAAGUUCUGGGAUGAUCGAUUUAAAAGAGUUGUCAUUGGUCAGUGGCAAAGCUGCUUGGAUGGCAUACCUGGAUAUAUACUGUUUGGAUGCUGAUGGUGCCCUAUUUGACGCUGCCUUACUUGCUGCAGCUGCUGCCUUCUCCCAUUUGCAAAUCCCGGUGGUGUCAUUGAACGAUGAAGGAAGAAUUGUGGUUGUUUCUAAGGGAGAAAAACUCAAAAACAAACCCGUAAACGAGGAGAAAAGAAAGCUUAAGUUGAGGAGCAUUCCUUUCGCGUUAACUUGCAUAAUUCACAAGAAUUACAUCCUGGCUGAUCCAACGGCUGAGGAAGAAUCCAUCAUGGAAACACUAAUAACCAUUGUAUUGGAUUCGUCAUGUCAACUCGUGUCUCUUUACAAACCAGGUGGUCCCGCUCUUGCAUAUGAGUCCAUAAUCCAGGAUUGUAUUGCAUUGUCGAGACAAAGACUGAGGGAGCUUCAGACAAUCCUGAAUGAAGCCAUGUGUGAUAUGGAAGUUGAUUAAAAAGGGAUAUCAUUUGUUCUUUUUAUUAGACUUCAAUUGGGUAAUUACUUUUUCCAGAGCGUUAGUUCUUCAAUGACUUGUACGUUAUGCAAGGAAGCUUGUACAUUGCUAUGGAUCCGGGGUUUUCUCGUAGCUCUGUAAACUGAUGGCCUUCAAAUUUUGGAAUGUGAGUUGGGAUAGAACUGGAAUAAUUGAUAGAUUUAUGGUUAUUUUAUGAAUUCAUAUAAAAGAGAGAUUAUUAUUCUGUCAUUAAA